AUGAGCAUUCUCGAUGUAGAGAAGGUGAAGAAGGAGCUCGACAGCUACGAUGCGGAUAACUCGGGGACUAUUGACAGGGAGGAAUUCAAUACCUUCAUUCGGAACGUAUUUGGUGCUAAGGACAAGUAUGAUAUCCCUGCGAGGAGGUUGGAGGAGUUCUGGAAGAUGCUGGAUACUGACCAGAAGGGGGAAGUGACGUUGGAGGAGUUCGUCGGAUUCUUUUGGAA